CACAUACACACACAUAUAUAUAUAUAUAUAGAGAGAGAGAGAGAGAGAUCUAUUAUGAUGAUCAUGAAAAGAAAGAAAGAAGAUGGAGAUGAGGUUACCUUGGAGGCAAUAAGCAUGGCCACAGCCAAGUAUUUCAUGCUAUUCUCCGGUGGCGGCAGCAGCAGCGGCGAUGGAUACGCGCGCGUAUUUACCUGCAAGACAUGUAAACGAGAGUUCUCAUCAUUCCAGGCGCUGGGAGGCCACCGCGCCAGCCACAAGAAGCCACGGCUGGCGGCGACAGCAGAUGAUCAGCCAACGACAGAUUACCCUAAGAGGAAGACGCAUGAGUGCCCGGUUUGCGGGCUGGAGUUUCCGAUGGGACAAGCUCUUGGAGGACACAUGAGGCGCCACAGACCUCACCAUCACCAUCUGAAAAUCGAGGAGGAAGCAAGUAACGAAAAUGACAAUGAUAAUAACAAGAAGAGAAGGAUCAUGAGGCAAAGUACCGAAGUAGUGUUAUUGUGUGUCGAUUUGAAUUUGACACCGCUGGAGAACAGCAUUUUGCCGCUGCAGCAGCCGCCACCGCCGCCGCCUGCUUCUCCGGUGGCUGCCGCCGCCCUUUGCCUUUUCUGAUCCAUCGAUCUUCUCCCUCACACACACACACACACAUACAUAUGUGUGUGUGUUUUUAUAUAUAUACAUAUAUAUGGAUGCACAGACCAUCUUCGCUAUUGUUGAUACUUUUAUUUUACCAGAAUAACACUUUCAGAUCUGAA